AUGCAAUGGCUGGGUUUUAAUUUGUACUUGGAUACAACUCUGCUUUCCUCGUCUGUUCCCAGUGUGGAAAUCGGUGAGAGCGUACGCGGGGAGGAUGUCUACAUUGUGCAGAGUGGCUGGGGGGAAAUCAAUGACAACCUGAUGGAGCUCCUUAUCAUGAUAAAUGCAUGUAAGAUUGCCUCAGCCAGCAGAGUCACAGCUGUCAUACCCUGCUUCCCUUAUGCUCGGCAGGACAAAAAGGACAAGAGUCGAGCUCCAAUCUCUGCCAAGCUGGUUGCAAACAUGCUGUCUGUGGCAGGUGCAGAUCAUAUAAUCACCAUGGACCUACAUGCAUCUCAGAUUCAGGGUUUUUUUGAUAUCCCUGUUGAUAACUUGUAUGCUGAGCCUGCUGUACUGAAAUGGAUCAAAGAGAAUAUUCCAGAGUGGAAGAACUGCACCAUUGUUUCACCAGAUGCUGGUGGAGCCAAGAGAGUGACCUCCAUUGCAGAUCGAUUGAAUGUAGACUUCGCCCUCAUUCACAAGGAGCGCAAGAAGGCCAAUGAAGUGGAUCGCAUGGUGCUGGUGGGUGACGUGAAAGACAGAGUGGCCAUCCUGGUAGAUGAUAUGGCAGACACAUGCGGUACCAUCUGUCAUGCUGCGGACAAGCUUGUGUCAGCUGGAGCUACCAAAGUUUAUGCCAUCUUAACUCACGGGAUCUUUUCUGGGCCAGCAAUUUCUCGGAUCAACAAUGCCUGUUUUGAGGCAGUUGUAGUCACAAACACAAUACCCCAGGAGGACAAAAUGAAGCAGUGCCCUAAAAUACAGGUGAUUGACAUCUCAAUGAUCCUUGCGGAGGCCAUCAGGAGGACUCAUAAUGGGGAAUCUGUCUCCUACCUAUUCAGCCAUGUCCCGUUAUAACAACAACAGAUGCCAGCUGCUGCUUGUAUGGCUUUUUUUAAAACCAAAAGUUGUUCAGCUUGUUGUAAAGUUCAGUAGAAGACUUCUGCUUGUUCCAGUGCAGUUCUCCACAGCUCCUCCUGCUUAAGUCAGGCUUACUGGCUCUGAUCCCAACACUGGGAGGCUGGGGGGGGAAGCUCAUCUCUGUAACACUCCAGCUCCACCAGCAACUCUGUGCAUUGGGACUCAUCAGUAGUAUUGACUCAGUUCUGCAGAUCUGUGGAGACUGGGACUGACACAUGGCUAAUUGCCGCAAUUAUUGGGGGUGGGG